GUUGGUCAGUGAGGCGUAGCUAGGCUAGCUUCUCAAUGGCAUGUUAUGUUUUCAGCAGUAACGAUAGUCUGCAAUAAUAUUUGGUAGAACUUCUCGUUUAUGAAAGCUGUGUAACGUUUGUGUGUGUUAUUUUACCAGAAUGGAAGGUAAAAUGAUCGGACCGGGUCCAUACAGGGCAACAAAGUUGUGGAAUGAAACUAUCAAGCUCUUCCGUGGAGGCAUGCCUCUGAAAAGACACUGGGCAUACUUCCGUAGCUAUGACAACAGCUUCACUGGAUCCGAGGCCGUUGAUUGGCUACAUGAGCUGCUGAAGCGAAACCAUAACUUUGGGCCAGAGGUGACCCGGUACCAGACCCUGCAACUGCUCAGGAAAUUCAUGAAGAACCACGUCGUUGAGGAUGUCAAGGGCCGCUAUGGUAAAGAAGACUUUGAGGACAGUGGUCAAGUCUACAGGUUCCCUCCUACGUCCCCCCUGAAGCCCCUGCCCCAGCGGCCCCCAGUGUCAGAGAACUGCGACCUGCCCCGGCUCAUCCGCUGGGAUGACUACGAGGAACUGCCGCAGCCAGAGAAGAUCCCCAUGAAGUCUCUGAUCCUGAACUCAGAGACGUGGAACAAGAGACACAGCAUAGCCAUUGGAGAGGUGCACGAGUGCAAAAUCAUACGCAGGAGUGACAUCACCCCCAAGCAAGUCGACCAAAUCUGGAAGAAAAUGACAAUCACACAUUUGCAGAGAGUGCUGGGUCUGAAGACAAUGGAUGGCGUGUUGGAUCCCAAACACGUGAAUGCAAAGCAUAUCAUUCACAACGUAUUCAGUGUCAACAAAACAGGAAUAGUCAUUGUGAAGAACAAAGCGGAGGACAUGCCCUAUUGGGUUCUAUCAGCAAUGAAGUGCCUAGCCAACUGGCCCAACGGUAGGGAGACCAAGCAGCCCAUGUACCCAGGCUUUGAGCGUGAUGUGCUGCGGACGGUGGCUGAGUACUUCCAGAGACUCAAGGAGCCCCUGUUGACCUUCCAGCUCUAUGAAGUCUUUGUCAACAUUCUCAGUCUGCUGCAGCAGAAAGAGGUGGCAGCAGAGGCCCUCCAGGUGUGCAGCCUCCUCCUGCCACCGGCCAACCGCCGCAGACUCCAACUGCUCCUCCGCCUCAUGGCCAGGGUCUGCCAGAACCCUGCCCUUCCCCCGCUUAAUGACGCCAUAGCAACACGCACCCUGAUGGUGCAGACAUUCUCGCGCUGCAUCCUGGGUUCUGCAGAGGAGGUGGACCUGGACGAGCUUCUGGCCACCAAGCUGGUCAGCUUCAUGAUGGAGCACCACGACAGUGUCCUCAGGGUGCCCUCUAACCUGCACAGACAUGUGGACGAUCACCUCUCCCACCUCAGGAGGGUACAGAUAAAGUAUGCCGGUGCGGAUACAGACGCCUCCCUGGUGUCUCCGUCGUACUGCAGGAAGAUUAGCAGGGCAGAGUUUGAAGAGCAGAGAGUCUCCAGCUCCCAGGGGUCCAUGCAGGAGCUGCUGGAGGGCCUCAUCGCCGACACUGAGCUCUCAGCCAAGGACAAGAGGAAGAGACUCAAGCAGUUUCAGAAGUCCUAUCCGGAGAUCUACCGCAGGCGGUUCCCCACAGCGGAGAGCAAGGCUGCCGUCUUACCAGAGAAAGCUCCACGGCUCAAACCCCAGCUCAUGCUCCUAACCCUGAAGAAACCCUUCCAGCCUUUCCAAAGGAGUUGGAGCUUUAGGGCCUAACUCUCACCUCUGACUCGGCACGUCUGACCUCUACAGUGUGGCCAGGAGACAGGGAGGAUUAUGGGUGUUGGAGUGUUUGGAGCUUAUUCCAUAGCAGGUCAAUGAGAAUUCACAGGGGUAAAGUGGCAAUAGAUGGAAUAGUGUUGCCAAUUUGACUUACUAUACUAGAAACUACUGUUAAACUAAGAAGAGGAUGCUAGGAAUCCAUUAAGGGCAGCUUGUGUUAGCCAACAUUAAACAGUGAAUGGAAAUUAUCCUGCAUAACAGGUCCAUAGAAUUGGUUACUACAGGUAGAAUUAUAAAUGUGUGUGCCAUGUUUAAAUUGGUUUCAAAAAACAAAACAAUUUUGACCUUGUCUCAUCGCUGUAACUCCCCAAUGGGCUCGGGAGGUGAAGGUUGAGUCAUGCGUCCUCUGAAACAUGGUUCUUAGCACCCGUCCGCUUAACCCGGAAGCCAAACUCACCAAUGUGUUGUAGGAAACACCAUUCAACUGACGACCAGGUCAGCCUGCAGGCGCCCGGCCCGCCACAAGGAGUUGCUAGAGCGCAAUGUGCCAAGUAAAGCCUCCCUGGCCAAACCCUCCCCUAACCCGGACGACGCUGGGCCAAUUGUGCGCCGCCUUAUGGGACUUCCGAUCGCAGCUGAUUGUGAUACAGCCCGGGAUCGAACCUGGGUCUGUAGUGACGCCUCUAGCACUGCGAUGCAGUGUCUUAGACCGCUGCACCACUCGGGAGGCCCAUGUUUUUCUUCCACCAAGUGAACACAGAAUCUUUAAAAAGUCAAAUGCAUUUCAAUUGGCCAUUUACAGUGAGCUCAAAGUAUUGGGACAGUGAUAUUUUUGUUGUUGUUUUAGCUCUGUACUGCAGCACUUUGGAUUUGAAAUGAUACAAUGACUAUGGGGUUAAAGUGCAGACUGUCAGCUUUAAUUUUAGGGUAUUUUCAUGCCAUUUCAGGGAACCAAAAGUAUUGGAACAAAUUCACAUGUGUAUUAAAGUAGUCAAAAGUUUAGUAUUUGGUUCCAUAUUCAAAGCACGCAAUGACUACAUCAAGCUUGUAAAUACACAUUUGUUGAAUGAGUUUGCUGUUUGUUUUGGUUGUGUUUCAGAUUAUUUUGUGCCCAUUAGAAAUGAACGGUGAAUAAUGUAUUGUCAUUUUGGAGUCACUUUUAUUGUAAAUAUGAAGAAUAGAAUGUUUUUUAACACUUCUACAUUAAGGUGGAUGCUACCAUGAUUAUUGAUAGUUCUUAAUGAAAUUGUGAAUAAUGAUGAAAGUUACAGACGCACAAAUAUCACACUCACAGAAAUGCUAGCCUCUCCUAUUGUAGUGUUGAGAGGUUAACAUGUCUUUGGGGAAUGAUAUUUGUGAUUUUAAGUUUCUAACUCCUCAUUAUUCAUGAUUAAUUCAAGAUUAUCCGUAAUCAUGUGGGGAUCCACAUUUAAUGUAGAAACAUUGUAUUCUUAUUUACAAUAACAGUGACUCAAAUAACACAAUACAUUAUUUACCAAGCAUUUCAAUAUGGCACAAAAUAAUCUGAAACGCAACCAAAACAAACAGCAAAUUCCAUACAACAAGAUUGUAGUCACAAGCGUGAUGUAAUCAUUGCAUACUAUGAAUAUGGGACCAAAUACUAAACUUUAAACUACUUUAAUACACAAGUGAAUUUAUCCCAAAAGUGUACAAAAAGUGCUGUUAUUUCUAUACGGUUCACCCGAUAUGGAUGAAAAUUCCCUCGAAUCAAAUGAAAGAUCGACAGUCGUCUGCACUUGAACCUCAUAGUCAUUGUAUAAUUUCAAAACCAAAGUUCUGGAGUAAAGAGCUAAGACAACAACAAAGGUGUCACUGUCCCAAUACUUCUGGAGUUCACUAUAUGUCCCUGUUAAUAUUAUUUGGUGAGUGUGCUCUUUCUCAGAACACAUAGGUACUGAAGGGCUGGAAGAGCCCUUUUCUUCAAUAUAGCACCGAUCUAUGGAAUUGUCAGUCAUCUCUGAUUAUUCACUUAAUUUGAUUAUAUAAUUUCAUAAUCAUCUUUUUUACUACUAGGCCUUCUGGAGACACACCCCAGUUUGCUUUGGGGUGGAUCGAGUCAUUUCAUGAGACAAAUGUGUUGUUUUUAAAUGUAAUAGUCAUGGUACUGUAUUUCAGUAAUGGAAAAUGUUAUUUCAAGUUGAAUAUAUUUUUGAUAACUCUAAACUACGUUCAUCGACCUUGUCUUUACAUCUGUUUUUCUGAUCACACUGGAGAACUAGAAACCGUCGUUAAGAAUGAUGCUGAAAAACUCACUGAAGUGCCAGUUGAUAAUACUGUAUAUUUGUUGGAAUGUUGUUAGUCAUUUUGUAUAUAGUUAUAAGAAGUAUUUUUCACACAGUCACACAGUAUGUCCUUUACUAUAACAAGCAUGUUUAUGUUUUUCCAUUUAGUUUUAUUUCCUUUCACUUUGUCUUACUACUGUACCUACUUUCUCUAAUGACAACUUUAGCUUUCAUCACCUCUUUUUUUUCUUCUUUUUUUUGAGAGAUGUUUAAUCAUAAAAAAACUAACUUUUAGCACUGGAUAAUUUUAUACAGAUGAUAUCAAUACAAGUAUUUUUGGCUGAUAAUGUUAUUGGAUAGAUGGAAGAAUGCUGGAAUCUUGACUGUUACGCCUUACUGCAGGUAGUAAGUGGCUGCUCUUGCAUUUUUGCUGGAAUAAGGAAACCUGAUGAAUACAAGCAAUGUAAAAGAA